CUCGUGUUUCAACAGGAGACUCCACUCCAACGAGAUCCUUUUCCUAUUUAAGAGGGAUGAAGAUUAUCUUCAGUGGUUUCUCCGGAGACACUGGACAAUCAACUCUUCAAAGAUCACCAUAUGUAAAUGGUCACCGGAACACUCACCCUAGCUUGACUCUCCGAUCAUCCCCCUUUGGGUUGAUAUUAACCACAUCUCCCUCCACCUUCUUGACCAUAGCUCCCUAUUCUCCAUUGCUUCCUCUCUGGGAAAACCUCUGAAACUGGGAGCUAAAACUGCUAUGGGCAUAUCUCUGGAGAGGGCUAGAAUCUGCAUAGAGAUGGAUGUAUCCCUAGCCAAGCCUCCUAAGAUCCAUGUCCGUCUUGGCUCUAGAGACCUUUGGCUCCCAUGCAGGUAUGAAGAACACACACCCUACUGUGGCCAUUGCAAGCGGUUUGGACACCCAUUAUCUCAAUGCCGGAAAAGGCACCCCUCCGUCACUGCUCCGGCGGCAGGGGUGGGCCAACAAGGAGCGGGAGAACAUGAUUGGAAGAGGGUAACAAGAAAACGACAGAUUCCCAAAAAGCUUUCUAAAUCAUUGCCCCCUCCCACUUCCCAAUACCUCAAGCAUAUACCCCUUUUAGCCACCGUCCAGCAACUAUCCUCCAAACCUACAACUCAUCCCUCCACUCCCCCUAGCCAUCCCAACCCUCCCCCUAAACCCGUCCCAAACCCUCCACCUUUGGUGGUAGACACCCUGGUUUGUCCCUCCACCUCUUGGGCCCAUACAAAUCCCAUGCAGACACCAUCCCCUCAACCUCCUUCAUCCUCCUUCCCCCCUGAUCUCUCCUUCCUUCAACCCAGCAGCAACCCUUGCAAGGACAUCAUUCCUUUCCUCCCACCCCCUUGCCCCACUCUACUCCUUAAGAGUAGAGAUGACAUCUUCACUAAGGACGUUACUCUUUCUUGGGAAAACUUACACUCUGAAGACGAGGUGGAUGAAGAAAUCUCCCCUGUCUCUUACCACUCGGAUGGAGAACUUGGAGCUGUUCCCUUUAUCUCAGCCCCCUUGGCACCUCUGGAAAUGGUCACUCAUCAAUCCCCUAGAGUGUCAAUGCCAUUGCAGCCAAGCCUUAGCAAUACUCCUGCCAUUCAUCCAGAUACUUGGGAUGGUUUUCCUACCACAGGAGGGAUGAGAGGCAUGGCUAACAAACUCCAGGCUAUGAAAAAGGCUCUCAGAACUUGGAAUAAGUUGGUCUUUGGUAACACUCAUAGCAACCUUAUAGCAGCUGAGGAAGCAGCGUCCCAAACCCAGGCAGAUUUUGAGCUCAACCCCACAGAGCAGAACAGGGAAGCUAUGCAGCAGGCCAACGCAAAAUUUAUCCUAGCCACCAACCUAGAGGUCCAAUAUUGGAAACAAAAAGCCAAUAUCAAAUGGAUGGAUAAAGGGGACUCCAACUCCAAACUUUUUCAAGCCUUUGUCAAAGGUAAGAGAAAGAAGCUUACCAUUUCUCAUAUUAUUGGCUCCAAUGGAAAAGGUUACUACAACCUUGAUGAUAUCAAAAAAGCAGUGUCAUACUUUACUAACACCUUCAAGAAAACCCAUCAUCCUUCAGUUGAUCCCAUUCUUCCCCUCAUCCCCCUUGUUCUCUCCCCAGAAGACAACUCCUCCUUCACCUCCUUACCAACCUUGGAAGAGGUUAAACAAGCUGUUUGGGACCUGGAUGAUACCAGUGUUGGAGGUCCUGAUGGUUUUAAUGGAAAAUUCUUUAAAACCACAUGGGACACCAUAAAAUUGGAUGUACUGAGUGCCUCACAGGAGUUCUUUUUAGGUGUCCCUAUUCCAAAGGCCUAUGGUAGCACCCUCUUGACCCUCAUUCCGAAAACUGAAAACUCCAAGAAGUUUGACGACUUCAGGCCCAUCUCUCUUUCAACUUUCAUGAGCAAGAUCAACACCAAGCUCCUGGCCAACAGAUCAAGCAUCUUCCUACCCAAACUUUUGUCCCCAGAACAGGCAGCAUUCCAAAAAGGCAAAUCCAUUGAUGAUAAUGUGCUUAUGGCAGAGGAGGCUUUUCAUCUUUUAGACAAGAAAGUCCUCAACACUUAUAUGGCCAACUUCCUAUGGGGACAAAGGAAAGGAAAACCAAAAUACCAUUGGAAGAGAUGGGAAUAUAUCACAAAACCAGAAGCUGCAGGAGGCUUAGGAUUGAAGAAUAUUGAGGAUCUACAACAAGCAUACACAUUCAAAUUAUGGUGGAAAGCAAAUCAUGACACAGCGGCGACUUGUUUUGAGGAAAUGUACCGACAAGAUCCCUCCCUCCACCCUGACGGUCUGAUGGGAGGAAUCGAUCAUUCUAGGGUUCUGAGUGCGGUGCCUCUCCGUACGCUGAUUACUGUGGUGUCGUCGUCCCGGGUGCCGCGCCCAAAAGGGAAAAAAUUGAAGACCGUCAAAAAUCAGAAAGCCGUCAAAGGUCAGAUCCAAAAAUCCUCACCCGUUACCGUGUUCGAAACGGGUCCAAUCACGAGUACGGGUUGUCUUCUGUUGGACGUCGACUUUGACGAGGCCCUUCGCUUCGUGGGGGAGGGCUACUCCGUGCGCCGACCGCAUGCGACAAAUCACGUUCUCUCCGUGACUAGCCGUGAUGCCGAGGUCGGGGUGCAUGUGGCAUCGAUGCGCUAUGGUCUCCGAUUUCCUCCUCACGACCUGAUAGUCCAAUUUCUGAACUUCUAUCGUCUUCUGGCCGGCCAGCUCAGUCCCCACUCUUAUUAUUGCUUCUUAAUUUUCCUGAUCAAGUGUCACCUGAAGGGAGUCCCCUGGUCCUUGGACUUGUUCCGCUAUAUGUUCAAGGUUUCUAAAGUCGGGGCGCGUGAGGGAAAUUCGUACGCUGUUGUCUCUUCUCAGGCCGAGUGUGGCAUGGCUGUUAUCCCCACGUCCCUGAAACUUUGGAAGGCUAAGUUUGUUUUCCUCUCUGGCUUUCCCGGGGACCGGCAUCCCUUCCAAGCUAGGUUUCCUGAUUAUCACACUUUUAUCCGCCAUCCUCGUCCUAACCCCACUCCGGAGCUUCUCGCGCAUGCACCGAAACUCUUGGAAGGCUGCCGGCCCAACCCGCCUCACGUAUAUACGGUGUGCACGGAGCAGAACCUCGCGAAGGUGGGAAUCCUCAUUUCCCUCGAGCGUCAAUUUGAGUUGGCCGAGGCCAGCCUGGGGAGCCGUCCCAAGCACAGACUCGAAGAGAGCACCUCGAGGCCGGUAGAUCCGGAGUCGGAGGAAAGAGAAGAGGAAGAGGACGGGGAGGUUAAGACCGAUGAAGAGUCAGGACAGUCGUCCUGCUCUGAGGACGUCGUUGAUGUGGAGCCUUUCGGAGGAGACAUGCAUCCAUUGGAGGUUGUCCGAAGGGCCAAACUGUUAGCCCAAAGCCAGGGCCGAGAAGAGGAGGUUCACCGUGAGCCGCCCUCGGGGAACACAUCCGGGUUUGCCGCGACCAUCCCGACCAGGAAGUGGUUCAGACCCGGAACCAAAGGAAGAGAAAACUUCUCCAAGCCGAGGAAGAGGAGACUGCCCGGAAGUCCGCCGCCAUCAUCGCCGCCAGUCGCUGCCCAUCCUUCGCCGGAAGUCCGUCGCCUCCACUGCCAGCGCCGGUCGCUCCUCGCCGCUGCCCCGUCGCUCACCGCCAGAUCCAGCGCCGCCGACCACGGUUCCCAAUCUUCGAGCCGCGGUCAUCGCCUCCAUUACCGGCGUCGUUCUCGCCGUCGAUUGCAGCACCGCCACGCCAAAUGUCGGACGUUGCCAAACGCCGCUGUUUCGCCUUCGCCGGAAUCGAGCGCCGCUGUCGCCCUUAGCACAGCGGCCAUCCUCGCCGUCAGGUGCAACGCUGCUGUUUCGCCUUCGUCAGUCGUCCGCCGCCAUCGAUUGCAGCGCUGCCAGUCGCUGCUCAUCGCCGUCGAGCUGCCGCUCCGCCACUGUCGCCGGCGUCCGUCACUGUCGCCGCAUCUAGCCGCUGCCCCGAGUUGAUAUCGCCGGCAGAUUAACCUCCACGCCGGGUUGAUUGGUCGAUUUCGCAUUUUGACUCAAUUUGACCCGUUUGUUUGAUUUCGUCGAUUUGUCUUCCGUUCAAGCUAUCGAUUCGAUUUCGGCGAAAUCCAGGUCCGUACUAUGAAGUUAAUAGCAUUUAGAAUAGAUUUAAUGGUUUGGA